ACUUCAACCUCACUGAGCAGAGCUGUGUUUUUCUGUUGUCCCACUCAGUGUAGUUUUUGCCCUCGUCUUCUUUAUAAAAGUUGAGGAUUCGAAAUAUGAAAAGUGAGUUCGUUUCUUCUGCAAGUUUGUUUACAAAGCAACGCCGGGAGCCCAGCUGAUCAGAGACACUGAGAUUUUACCAAACACUAACAAUAAUUUUAUACUCACCACAUUAUUAUUGCCGUGCCAAAUCAUGAAGGGUGUUUUCAUGUGUGCAUUCCUACUCGCUUCGCUGUUCACAUGUGCUGUUAGUAAAGGAGAGGAAAUCGAGUGUUUGCGUCAUCCACUACUCUCUGCUUACUCUUCGUAUUUUAACAGAGUGAUACACUUUUGCCAAACACCUGUCCCCCUCAUUCGGCGCCUGCUGACCGUUGGUCAAGACCUGGUGUUAGGCUGUUACACGUGUGUCUGCACUGUGGAUGGCGUGCAUUGCUGCAGAGACCGACCACAACCGUGUGGCGGCGGAACGGUUGAAAUGAGACCAAGACAGAGACAAGCACACUCAUCCUUGCCAGCAGUUGUUCCUCAAAUGUGAUCUUCUCUUCAAAGAUCUCCAGUGAAGUGUAAAGUUACGAUUUUUGUUUUGCUUCUUGGAAAUUCAAACUCACAAUAAACUCGUUACAUAAGCGA